AUGCUCUCCCGCGAGGAAGAAGAGCAUCGCCGAGUUUCCCAUACCAUCGAUGAAGGCGUCUUCGAGGGUGACUUUGAAGACGAAACGUUCUUGCCAGUCGCUUCAAGUUCUUUAACAAGCCAUGGUUCUGCACUACCUGCUUCGAACCAGUCUUUCCCAAGUCUUCUGUACGAUCGCCAUUCUCGCACCUAUCCACGUGCCGCACGUCCUAUGACGGAUGAGAAAGUACAGGUGUCUCCUGUCUUCGUCCCGGAACCUAUGGAAGCCGGCAUCACCAUAAGCCCACUCAGGAUACCUGCAUCCCUGCCAGGUUCUUCGACGAGUACAAGGUCUUUACCGGACGUGGCUCGCAGCCCGUCGUGCUCUUUCGAACGCUUUCCCUCGACCAGCUCUAGCAUUUCCUCGUCGACCAGCAGCCUAGAACACAAUCGUUCGGCGUGGAGUACACCCUUACGGUCGCCGCCUUCAUCCCCAAAUGUUGGAACACCUAUCUUGCGCACGUCUUCUGCAAGCACAGAAAAUAAUGAUAGGCAGUCUGAGGAAGAGCUCCGGGCUACCCCAGAUUUAGAUGAAAUGGACGCGGAUUUGAAAUUUGCGAUUGAGUUGAGUCUUGCGGAAGCGCGUAGUCGAGGCGAGGUUUGAAAGUGGGAGGGUAAUCAAGCUGUUGUUGAUACACCGUAGAUUGGAUAGAGCACCGGAGCAAUAUUUCUAAUUAGGACUAUAUAUGUCUUCAACGUAGCCGUGGCACGUCUUCGAGAUGUGCAUGUGACUUAGCGUCCAUUUUGCACCAUAGUAGCAAAAGAUCAACAAGACCUUUUUGCAAAAACAAAAAAAAAGAAAACGGC